GUCUUCUCUCUCUCUUAAACUCUGUCACGCUCUUCUCUCUCUCAAAAAUUUCUCACCGAAGCAGAAAAAAAGGUUUCGUCUUUGGAUUAAACAAAAUUCAGCAUUCUGUUUUCUCCUUAUCCAAAAUCAAAAAACAAAAGUACGCAAUUUUUGUUUCUUCCAACUUUUAAGAAACAGAGAGAGAGAGAAAAAAAAAAAGUUUGGAUUUUUAUUGGAACAGAUCUCUCUUUUUUUAUCUGUCGCUCUGUUCUUGAAUUUUUUACAAGCUUCCUUCAACAAUUCUGCUACUUUACUACGAUCUCUCGACAAAAGUGGGUCAAACCCAACCGAGGAUUGUUCGGUUUUGUGUUCGUUCAAGAACCUGGAAUUGGGGGAAAGAUUAGGGUUUGUUGAAUUUGAAAGAGAAAAAGGUUUGUUUUUUUCUUUUCUUUUUCUUCCAAGUGUUGUGAUGCAGUGAUUUGGGUAACUCGAAUCAGAAGAUAUGAUAAUCAAACGGAAUUUGAAAACUCGAAUGCCGAGUUUGAAACGAUGCAACUCUGUAACUGAGGAAGAUGAUAGAGCUCCUAAGAAGAAGAAGAGAAAGGUCAACAACUCCAAUGGUGGUGAUUUCUAUUACCCUCUUAAUCUUCUUGGAGAGAUUGGUGCUGGGAUUGUUCCUGGUAAACUCAAUGGAUGGUGUAAGGAGCUCUCGUGUUCUCCUCAAGUUGAGGAAGAAGAGGAGGAGGAGUUAGAGUCAAAGAGGUUAGUUUCUGAUUCUAGCCACCGUGAUAGGGUAGUUGAGGUUUCUCGUCCACCGGUCGUGAGGACAUCUAGAGGAAGAGUUCAGGUGCUUCCUUCUCGGUUUAAUGACUCGGUUAUCGAGAAUUGGAGGAAAGAUAGUAAAAGCAGUGGCGAAGAACGCGAGGAAGAGAUUCAAGAAGAAGCAUGCAGGAAGGAGAAAGUCAAAGCUAGUUAUAACCAUUGUUUCCAGACAAAGCAGCAGGAGCCUAGGAACUAUAAGUAUGGUAGUACAUUAUAUGAAGAAGAAGAGAGAGAUGAUGAUGAGGAUAAAUGUGAAGAGAUUGUUAGAUAUAAUAAUAGUAAGAUGAGUUCGAGGACCUUGCUUGAAGAUGAGACUCGUCCUAAGAAGGAAGGUGUUUAUGGGCCAGAGGAUUUUUACUCUGGUGAUUUGGUUUGGGGUAAAUCUGGGAGGAAGGAACCGUUUUGGCCGGCUAUUGUUAUCGAUCCAAUGACGCAAGCACCUGAGCUUGUUUUGCGUUCUUGUAUACCUGAUGCAGCUUGUGUCAUGUUCUUUGGUCACUCUGGGACAGAGAAUGAAAGGGAUUAUGCAUGGGUUAGAAGAGGGAUGAUUUUUCCUUUUGUGGAUUAUGUAGAGAGGUUUCAAGAACAGUCUGAACUGCGUAAAUGCAACCCUGGUGAUUUCCAGAAGGCACUUGAAGAAGCUCUUAUGGCUGACCAAGGAUUCACAGAGAAACUGAUGCAGGAUAUUAACAUGGCCGCAGGUAACCAGACUUUUGAUGAUUCUGUCUACAGAUGGAUUGAAGAAGCUGCAGGGUCAAGCCAAUAUCUUGACCAUGUUGCUCCAAAUCAGAACAUGAUGAAGAAAUACCAGAAAUACAGAGAUCCAAGAGCCUGUGUAGGAUGUAGAAUGGUACUUUCUUUUAAGAAGGCAGAGAAAAUGAAAGCUCUGAUUCCUGGAGAUCAGUUAUUGUGUAAACCUUGUUCAAGGUUGACAAAACCAAAACAGGUUUGUGGGAUAUGCAAGAAGAUAUGGAAUCGUUUGGAUAGUCAGAGCUGGGUGCGUUGUGAUGGGUGUAAAGUGUGGGUUCACUCAGCGUGCGAUCAAAUAUCACAUAAGCAUUUUAAGGAUUUGGGGGAAACAGAUUACUACUGUCCCACAUGCAGAACAAAGUUUAACUUUGACCUAUCAGAUUCUGAAAAACAAGACUCAAAAUCCAAACUUGGCAAGAACAAUGCCCCAAUGGUGCUUCCUGAUAAGGUUAUCGUUGUAUGUUCUGGAGUUGAAGGCAUAUAUUUUCCAAGCCUUCAUUUAGUGGUAUGUAAAUGUGGAUCUUGCGGGCCUGAAAGGAAAGCACUUAGUGAAUGGGAAAGGCAUACUGGUUCAAAAGCAAAAAAUUGGAGGACUAGUGUUAAAGUGAAAAGCUCCAAGUUGCCUCUAGAAGAAUGGAUGAUGAAAUUAGCAGAGUUCCACGCAAAUGCUACUGCAGCAAAACCUCCUAAACGACCUUCUAUAAAGCAGAGAAAGCAGAGGCUGCUUUCCUUUCUUAGAGAAAAGUAUGAGCCGGUCAACGUGAAGUGGACAACCGAGCGAUGUGCAGUUUGCAGAUGGGUUGAAGAUUGGGACUACAACAAGAUCAUUAUCUGCAACAGAUGUCAAAUAGCAGUUCAUCAGGAAUGCUAUGGGACGAGAAACGUUCGUGACUUCACAUCUUGGGUCUGCAAAGCCUGUGAGACACCUGAGAUCAAACGAGAGUGUUGCCUCUGUCCUGUAAAAGGAGGUGCAUUGAAGCCAACUGAUGUGGAGACACUGUGGGUUCACGUGACAUGUGCUUGGUUUCAGCCUGAAGUAUGUUUUGCAAGUGAAGAAAAAAUGGAACCAGCUUUAGGGAUUUUGAGUAUUCCAUCAAGUAAUUUUGUGAAGAAUUGUGUAAUAUGCAAGCAGAUACAUGGCUCAUGCACUCAGUGUUGCAAGUGCUCUACAUAUUAUCAUGCCAUGUGUGCUUCCCGAGCUGGGUAUAGAAUGGAGUUGCACUGCUUGGAGAAAAAUGGUCGACAGAUAACAAAGAUGGUGUCAUACUGUUCUUUUCACAGGGUUCCGAAUCCAGAUACUGUUUUAAUUAUACAAACGCCUUCAGGGGUCUUUUCUGCAAAAAGUCUUGUUCAAAACAAGAAGAAAGCGGGUUCGAGGCUUAUUUUAGCAAAUAGAGAAGAAGUUGAAGAGUCCGCGGCAGAGGAUACCAUUCCAGUUGAUCCAUUUUCUUCUGCUCGUUGUCGACUAUAUAAAAGAAAGGUUAAUAAGAGGACAAAACAAGAGGGUAUUCCUCACUACACAGGAGGACCUCGUCAUCAUCCUUCAGAAGCGAUCCAAACUCUGAACGCAUUCAGGCAUGUGGCAGAAGAACCCAAAUCAUUUUCCUCGUUCAGGGAACGGCUUCACUACUUGCAGAGGACAGAAAUGGAUCGGGUUUGCUUUGGUCGAUCUGGUAUACAUGGAUGGGGUCUUUUUGCGAGAAGAAAUAUUCAAGAAGGAGAUAUGGUUCUUGAAUACCGUGGGGAACAAGUGAGAGGAACCAUUGCAGACUUGAGGGAAGCAAGAUAUCGUAAGGAAGGGAAGGAUUGUUAUCUGUUUAAGAUUAGUGAGGAAGUAGUGGUGGAUGCUACAGAAAAAGGGAAUAUCGCUCGACUAAUAAAUCAUUCGUGUAUGCCAAAUUGCUAUGCAAGGAUUAUGAGUGUAGGAGAUGACGAAAGUAGGAUUGUUCUGAUUGCCAAGACCACUGUAGCCUCUGGCGAGGAGUUAACAUAUGAUUACUUAUUUGAUCCAGAUGAGGCAGAUGAAUUCAAAGUGCCAUGUCUAUGCAAAUCUAGCAACUGCAGAAAAUUCAUGAAUUAGAGAAAGUUGUAUGUAGCUGCUCUUACACAUAAGAAGAAGAAAGCAGGGCAUUGUUUGUCCUCAAUUACAACUAACCCAGGAAGCUUGAAUAGGAAACUUAUGGAGCUUAAAGCUGAUGUAACUUCUGAAUAAGACACUUCUAAGCUCCAAGGCAUUUGUUUUGUAGGUGUAGAGAGUAGAGAGAAGUUCCUAGCGAUGUAUAGCUAAAUUCCAAAUGUUUUCCUUUUUUUAGUGUUUCAAGAACUCAAAAAAG